AUGGCCACCUUCUUCUCUGACCUGGUUCAGUUCCGGGGACUAUUUCAAAUGAUCUUAGUGCUGGGAAUUGGUGGCAGUUUCCCAUAUGGUUUCCACAUUUCUGUCAUCAACUACCCUUCAGUGCACAUCAGAAAGUUUAUUAAUGAAACCUGGAUGGAGAGACACGGUUUCCCACUCCACCCUGAGACAGUCAUGCUGUUGUGGUCCUUCACUGUGUCUGUUUAUGGGAUAGGAGGAUUACUGGGGAGCCUCUGCUGUGCCUACCUGACUACCAAAUACAGGAAAAAGAAGUGCCAGAUGGGCACCAACCUGAUCAUGCUGGUAGCUGCACUUUUCAUGGCCUUCAGUAAACCAGCCAGAUCCUUCGAGAUGGUUUUGGUGGGCCGCUUUCUGUAUGGCAUUGGGUCAGGUUUUUCCCUCAACAUACAUCCUCAGUAUGUAGGAGAGAUUUCACCCAAGAGACUGCGCGGAUUUACCAACUCCACAGUUGCUCUUUUCCUGACCCUGGGAAAACUGACAGGACAGGUUAUUGGACUACGGGAGAUGUUAGGAAGCGAAGCUUUAUGGCCAUGGUUGUUAUCAUCUGUUGGACUUUCAGCAUUGCUUCAACUGGUUACCCUCCCAUUUUUCCCUGACUCACCAUCCUACCUCCUGAUACAGAAGGGUAAUGAGGAAUCCUGCAGGAAAGCCAUCAGGAAGCUCUGGGGGGAAGGAGACCAUCAAGCCGAAAUUGAUGACAUUAUGAAGGAGAAGGUGGCUGCCAUGACAAGCACAAAAACCCUGCGUGUCCUGGAAGUCAUCAAAGAGCCAUCUUUGCGCUGGCAGCUUUACAUCUUGGUGACUCUAGUGACCGGCUUGCAGCUCUGUGGGAUCAACGCAAUAUACUUCUACUCCUUUGAAGUGUUCCACACAGCCAAGUUUGAGGAAUACCUGAUCCCAUAUGUGUCCCUGGGAAUUGGGUUGUGUGAGUGCUUAUCCUGCAUCCUGUGUAGCACCCUCAUAGACCGCUUUGGGAGGAAGGUGCUGCUGUUGGGAGGAUACAUUCUGAUGUGUUCUGUGCUGGUACUCCUCACCGUGACCUUGUCCCUGCAGCAUCAGUUUUUCUGGAUGCAUUACUUCAGUGUUGUCCUGAUCUUCCUAUUUGUUAUCUUCUAUGGAAUUGGACCAUCUGGAGCCACCAUAUCUAUCUUGGUUGAAAUCUUCAGCCAGUCAUUCAGACCAUCAGCCUUUCUGAUUGUUGGUUUCAUCAACUGGAUGGGACUCUUUGUACUUGGGAUGAUUUUUCCUGUGAUUGUUGAUCACCUUGGACCCUUCAGCUUCCUUAUCUUUUUGGGAAUCCUUGCCUUAGCAGCAAUUUUCAUCUACCUGUAUCUCCCUGAGACCAAGGGGAAGUCAAUCAUGGAAAUAAAAGCAGAGUUCAACAAGCUGAACUUUGGGAAGAAAGAAAUCUCAGUCACUGAAAAGAACUUGCCUAAGGAACAGUUGUUCUGCACCAAACUCUGA